AUGAGUGCACUUCACCACGCCCUUGUCUUCCAGGUCGCAGUCAUGUUCGGCGAGGGCUUCAAGCACCACGAUUACGGGCUGGCGGGGCUGAACGCGGUGAUCGUGGCGGCUGUGCUGGUGGUCGUGCUGGUGGUCGUGCUGGUGGUCGUGCUGGUGGUCGUGCUGGUGGUCGUGCUGGUGGUCGUGGGCCCGGCGGCGCGAACACUGCCCGCGGGGCGGGACGGUCUGUCGGCCCGCGGCGACGUCCGCCGCCGCCGCCGCCGCGGGGUGGGCCCCGCCGGGGGCAGGGCCAGGGAAGCAGCGACCGAUCGAACCGUGCUGUUUGCCCUCGUCGGCUGCCCGGGUGCCCUCGCCGGGACUAUAUUUCAGUGGCAGACGGGGCAGAUGUGGUGGCGGCCUUCUUCAUUCAUCAACCUCGUGCUCAUUGCCUGGCAGCUGGCGCCACCGUCAGUCUGUGUGCUCGGGGCGGACGUGUCCCCGGUGAGCAACGAUCAGGUCGUCUUCUUCGCCCUGGAGAUCAACGGCUUGGACUACGACAAAUUGCUCACGAACACGGCGAUGCUGUCGGCUGUUCGCACCAACAUCGCCCAGGCUGUUGCCACCGAGGUUGGCAAGGGUGUCGCCGUCAGCGACGUCGAGACGGUGCUCUCCAAGGGCACCUCCGCAGACGGAGCUGGCGUGGGCUCCGUCCUCGCGGAGGUCUGGAUAACUCCCCCUGACGGAGUACGAUCUGAAGACAUUCGGGACGCCUUGCUCAACAGCUCGAAGCUCGGAGAGAGCGUGGCCUCGGGAGUACAUUCGGUGAACACAGGCAUCGGCACGAAGGCGGCCGGUGGUAGCACGGUCAGCGUGCAGCCGUUCACCGCGCCCGUGCUGCGAGAUCGGGGCCAAGGUCUGAACUUUAUGAUGAUCGCCUUGCUGGGAGCAGGGGUACUGUCCAUGCUUGCCGCAUUUCUGGUUUGCAGAUGCAUCGGUGACCACUCACUUUCGAAGGCUCGAACAAAGUUCUUCGGCCCCACAGAGGAGGAGGAGUUGCGAGCGCGCCGGGCUAACAUGCUCAUCUGCUGUGCGACGACGAAGAAGGACUACAAGAUGGUCAGCAAUGCCGAUGAGGCCUGCGAGGCGGAGCGGAAGCCUCCCGCGGUCGGCCAAGUCGGGGGCACGGAGCUGGCCAGGCCACCGUUGGCCGCGCUGAAGCCGCUGGAGACGCCACCGUUGGCGGCGGCCGCGUUAUCGGCUGAGGCCGCGUUGUCUUGCCCCGCGGACGGGGCGCGAAUCAGCAGACCCCAGGCCAGGCCCGAGGCCGUCCGCCCAGCCGCGCCUCGCGCCGACUUGAGGCGGAGGCGGAGAGCGCCCCCGGCCGCCAAGGCCGUUCGCCUCGGACCAGUGCGUCUGCACGACGAAGGCAUGUUGAAGGCGACGACCGCCUGGUCCACGAUCCUUGCCGCGGUCGGCGGCUGGGCCCGUAACCUGCUGCUGAAGCUCGGGGAAAUGGGGCAUCGGCGUCACUUCAGCACGAUACUCUGGAAGUGGUCGCACAGGACGGCGCGGCUUCGCGCCCGUCACAUCAUGGAUUUCAUAGCUUGGCACGAGGCCAACCACUCCCCGCGGCCUCGCGACGAACCCGUGCCAAACGCGGAGGAGCGGCUUAUCGAGAUGCCGACGUCCAGACUGGCAACUCUGUCAUAUUUGGACCGAGUGGCCGACCUGAGCCCCCCGCUACCAGAGGACAAGCUCUCCGUCGCGGCCCCCGCCGAGGCGCGCCAGCGCGACGGCGAGCGAAUGAAGAGGCGGGCCACAUUAUAUGUAAUACCCGAGGUGGCCCUCCUGGAGAUAGUUGCAGCCGCGUCACCCGAAGCAAUUGCACGGGUCGUCGCUUGCGCCGAAUUGCGCAAGCUCUACGGGGCAUUGCGGAACGGCGACGCAAUUUGGAACCACGUGGGCAAAUUGAGCUUCGAAGGGGGGCCCGACGGCGCGUGGAUUGGGACCUGCGUCAAUAUGAAGGCGGCGGAGACGACGGCAGCUUGGCUGCCCAAUGGCGUGCCGCGGCGCGACCUAGCCGACUUCGGGAUCAACGUCGGCGACCGGCGCCCUCCGCGGGCGACAACGGGGCCCGAGUUGCAGAGCAACCUCGCGCGCGCGUUCGGGGCAGCCCGACUGGCGGUGGUCGCAGAUUCGGCGGCCCCCGGGGUGAUUGAGGGCUCGGGCGGCAGCGUCGCGACCGAGGCAGUGGGCGCGGUCUUCAUUGAAACCAUCGCGAAGGCGCGCAAGUUCUACGCGUGCUGCCGCGCGGAGGCGGCGGCCCAGGCCAACGCCGCGGCGGCGCGCCCUGAAAUCCAGGAGAUUACCGCCGCAGAUCUGGCCGCGGAGAAACGCUGCGACUUGUCGCUCGCCCGCCGGAAGAAACGGCCGGAGGCUCUGGCGGCCGCGGGCAGGUGCGAGGUCGACGAGAGCAGGCUGCCGUCGGACCGGCUCUGGGGCCAGCGCGAGAGGUUGGGGCGCGCGAGCAAGGAGUUCGCGCCGCUCCCGCCGACAAAGAUCCAGUUGCUGCUCGCAGCGUCGCGCAAGCCAGGCCGGGCCCAGCUCCAGCCCGGAGCGGGGGGCGUCCUCGCGUGGGGGGUGCUGGCCAUAGGGAAGCCCGCGGCCAUCUUCCUGGCGGCGGCCGAGGAGGCGAUGUUCAUCGAGAACCCGCUCUACUUGACCAGCUGGGUAUCCCAGCUCCAGCCGCUGGAGGCAUUCUCCGCCAGGUUCUGGGCGCGGGCGCGGAAGAGCUGGGCGCCCGCGCCAGGAUGCAGGCCACUGAGCCUCAGCGAGCAUCAGCACGCCUACGACCUGUUCCAGCAGUGGGCGCACGCCAGCAGGGCGAAGGAGGGCGUCCACAUCGACGACGCAGUGACUGCCUGCUUGCCAGCAGACAGAGACGAGCUGGGCGGGCGCCUGGCGCUGGCGCCGAGUCUCCAGACGGCCUGGCAGGAUCUCGCGCCUGAGCCACGCGGGCACUGGGGCAACGGGGGCGGAAACCGCCGGCCCCGCGACGCGCGAGCGGAGCAGCAUAAAGGCAAGAGCAAGGGCAAGCGCCUCGUUGAUUGUGCGGCGGAUCCGAAGUCGGCCCGCGAUUGCUGGCGCGCGCCCAUGCGCUGCUGGGCCACGGGGUCGCCGGGGCAGUCCGGCGGCCGCGGCCGCAGGCAACGUGACGCUGGCGCCGCCCUCGGCGUUGGCGCCGCCUGGCUCGCGAUCGGCGAACUGCGCCGCGCCAGGCCGCCGCCGGCCAGCGGGCCCGCGGCGCCGCAGGAGGGGGCUCGGGGCAGUGACGGGCCCCGGCCUCGUCCCGCGGGCUCUGGCGCAACGCGGUUCGUGGACGCUGCCGCCGUCGGCCAGCAGCCAGUGCGCGCCGCCACCGGUGGGCAGGGCAGAUCGGGCGCGUCGACGAGCGAUGUCAUCGCGGGCGUCGCGGUCGCCGCCGUGUCCAGAAAGCAGCUUGCGAAGCGUGACUGCUACAAGCUGUUUUUGCGUGUGCGCCCAGCCCUCGUCGUGACCGUUUUGGUGCUACAGAAGUGUUCCACUGACGCUCUGACCUGGUACACUCGCACGCGCCAGGGUACCCCAUAUUCAGGCUCCAGCGCUGCCCUCUUGACCGAGAUAGUUAAGUUCCCUAUUCUGGCCGUGGCCAUCGCAGUGUUCGAGUCUCCCAGAAGGGUGGUGCCAACUUUCCAGAACGCGACGCGCAACAUCUGGGUGCUGUCUUGGGUCGCUGCGGCCUACGCCGCGCAGAAUUUGUUCUACUUCCUCUGCCUGGACCACAUCUCCCCUGCAGGCUACCAGUUGCUGAGCCAGACGAAAGUAAUCUUCACCGCCGGCCUCAUGCGCGUGAUGCUCGACAGGCGCUUCUCGUACCAGCAGAUAGCGGCGCUGGCGCUGCUCAUCGGCGGGCUGGUGGCUACACAUUCCAGCGAGGUUCGGGAGGGGAAUUACCCUGUGACAGGAAGGGCAACGUCAUGCUCUCGAGGCCUCGCUGGAAGCGAAUCUUGA